GAUAGAUAGAUGUUUAUACCCCAUGGAUGCGAUGUCUGGCGAGAUCUAGGUUUGGGAAGACAAAUAAUAACGCUGACCUGACCAAAGCUCAUGAAGUGAAAGACGUAUUUUUGUUAUUGUUUAAUGUUUAUGUAGUUCUUGAAAAAUCACGUAUGGUAAUGUUUUGUAUCUACUGCCAUAACAUGUGGACAAACAUAUGUUAGUGUGAUUCAGUGAACCAUAAUGGAAUCCUUCUGCCAUAAAGGCUUACUGUACAUCAAGAAUAUCCCUCACUUAGAACUCGUAAGGUAUCGUAGAGUCAAUGUCCAGAGGCCUGCAAAGCCACACUAUGAGAAAGCAAAGGUUUUAGCAGUGUGUGAACCACGAUACCCAAAAUUUAAUUAUGGACUCAGCCCUGAAGUAACUUGCAGAAAACAGACGGAACUGAAAUCAAAGAAAAUCAAAGAGGAAAACCCAUAUGAGCUGAUAAUUGCAAAAGAAUGCUUGCAUUGGUUUAACCAGUCAAAAAUGGUUGCAUUUUUUCAUGCCAACCCAAUAAAAGGUGAAGACCAGUUCAAAGCGAGAGUUAUGUUCCAUAAACACAACAUGGCCAUAAAGCAGUAUGGGCCAAAUGUAAUCAAGUAUGCUUUGGAAAAUACAAAAUAUAGUGCAGUGUUGCCCCUAUUUCAGUCAAGAACAGCAGUAGUAUUCAGUCCAGAACUGCAACUGGCACAGCUUUUGAAAAUUUCAAAGCGUAUUCCUCAGCUGAUCCUUAUGACUUGCAUUGCCGAAGAUCGCCUUCUGAGUAGAAAUGAAAUUGUUAUGUACAGUAAUUUGCCAGAUUUGACAACGGCUCGAGCUGGUCUUGUUGCGACACUAAAUUCUGCUGUAAGCCAAGUCUUGAGUAACAUCACACACCACCAAAGAACACUCGUCAGCCACUUGCAGAAACGUGCAGAACUGCUCCAGAAACCAGAAGAAACCUGAGAAAGUGAUGUAGUAUUGUUGAGUUGUGAAAGAAGAGAAAUUUUGUUAAACACAGUUGUAAGAUGUAGUGUAUAUAUGAUCUAUCAAAACAAUGACACUGUGUAUUACACCUUUAAACUCUA